CAUAAACACGCAACACGUCCAGCAAGUUACUGCUAUACAUAUAGGAGAAAACCGCGAAGAACAAACAAAUGACUAAACCAUUCAUAUCUGUAAUUACUUAAAUUCCCCCAAAAAAGCUCCCAGCGGAAAUUUGAACUCAAGCAUGCAACGUUUCAGUUGUAAACUGCAAUGUCACGCAACUGGGUUAUGUCCGCUAUUUCGCCUCAAGCGGUUACUAACGACACAAGUCAUAAGCCUGUUCAGCACUUCCCUCCCUCCGACGCGGUCGGCGAGGUCUGUCCUUCUAGCAAUGACAUUGACUUGCAGAGAAAAGACAAGCGAACUCUUUCACUAUCGCUACACAAGAACAGCUUUCAGGUAGUGAAAGCUGUCCUUGUGAGGUGCAUUUUCUUCGUAAGCGCGGCUCCUUACAAAUUAAGCCCUUGUCCCUUGUAUACUGUGAUGGAUUGCAGGGUUAAACACAGCCUCGCACUGCUGGGCCACAUCAACAAGAUGAAGGAGAUGCAUGAACUGACUGACGUGGUUUUGGUGGCAGAAGGGGUGAGUUUCCCAUGCCAUCGCCUCGUCCUCUCUGCAUUCAGCCCCUAUUUCAAGGUCAUGUUCACCUGCGGGUUGCAGGAGUGCAGUAAGAGGGAGGUGAUUCUUCAGGAUGCCACACCAGACAGCCUGUCUGUCAUCCUGAGUUACAUGUACAGCUCGGAGCUGCUGCUCUCCAAUGCUAAUGUCCAGUCUGUGUCCACCGCGGCUUUUUUACUCCAAAUGGACGAUGUCUUCAAAAACUGCCAAAAAUACAUGGUGGACCACAUGGACGCCUCCAAUUGUGUGGGCGUGUACCACUAUGCCAAGCUCCUCGGGGCCGAGGAUCUGGCAGAGAGGGCGAAGAAGUACUUGUACCAGCACUUCGCCGAGGUCUGCUUGCACGAGGAGAUCUUGGAGGUGGACUCCCACCAGCUGCUGGCCCUGAUAAGCUCCGAUGACCUGAAUGUUUCCCGGGAGGAGAGCGUCCUCGAUGUGGUUCUCCGCUGGGUCAACUACGACAGAAACCCGCGUGCGGAGCAUGCCCUGGAGCUCUUGAAGCAAGUGAGGCUGGUCCUGGUGAGCCCCGACUUCCUGCGAGAGGCCCUGAAGAGAAACACGGCCCUCCUGUGCAACUCGCAGUGCUACAGCAUGAUCACCGAAGCUCUAGAGUUCGCGCAGAAGGCCGGGCUGCCUCGGUCUCUCCACCUGCGUUACGGAAUGGAAACAACAGACCUCUUGCUCUGCAUUGGGAACAACGGGCUGGGAAUUAAAUCUAGGCAUGGGAGUUACGCCGAUUUCAGUUUCUGUUAUGCUCCCACCACCAAGCGAACCUACUUCAUGAAUUCCCCCCGGUACGGGGAAGCACUGGGCUCUGUCUGCGCGGGAGUAGUGAUGGAGAACAAUGAUGUUGUGGUUGCCGGAGAGGCUGGGGCUCUCAGACUAUCGAGGCAGAAGAGCAGAAAUGUGGAAAUCUGCAGGUACCACAUUAAAUCACGAGGCUGCUGGGAGAAGCUGUGCUCUGCAGAGUAUCGGGAGAUGUAUGCCUUGGGCACACUGGAGACUAAUUUAUACCUCCUGGGGGGUCAGAUGAAGCUGAAGAACCAGUACGUGGUCACAAACUGUGUGCAGAAAUUCUCCAUGGAAGGCACCCAGUGGAGAAGCUCUCCUCCGCUGCCCAUUCCACUGGCGUGUCAUGCUGCUGUCACCCUCAAAAACAAGCUGUACGUACUGGGAGGGUGGACUCCACAGACAGAUCGUCCAGACGAUGAGCCGGACCGACUGAGCCAUCGCUUGUUUGAGUUCGACCCCGUCAAGGACAAGUGGACGGAGCGGGCCUCCAUGACGUACUCCAAGUACCGCUGCAGCACAGCCGCGGUCAACGGGGAAAUCUACGUCCUGGGCGGUAUUGGGUGUCUCGGGGCGGAUCACGGCCAGGCUCGGCGUUGCCUUGACAACGUGGAGAUUUACAACCCCGAUGGGGACUUCUGGAGAGAAGGCCCCCCGCUGCCCUCCCCCCUCCUCUCCCUGCGAACCAAUGCCACCAAUGCUGGCGUGGUAGAAGGCAAGCUGUAUGUGUGCGGAGCCUACAACGGGGCAGAUCGCCAUGAGGUCAUCACCAAGGACAUCCUGGAGCUGGAUCCCUGGGACAACCAGUGGAACGUGGUGGCCCAUGGUGUCCUCAUGCACGACAGCUAUGAUGUGUGUCUGGUAGCCAAACUGAACCCCCGGGACCUCAUUCCACCUCCUACUGACCUGUUGGAGCAGUGAGGGGUCUCCCCACUCACAGGGGUCGAAGAAGACGGGCAGAGGCCGACAAUGCAGGACAGGCUGGAUUUAUUUCCAUAGUGCGUUCUGAAAAGCGGAACGGGAAAUUAGCUUGCCGUUUUUGAUCGCUCCUAAUUCGCCGGCUUGAAUUCUGUGGCCGUAUCAUAGAUUUCACAUUAAAACACCGUGCUGUUUUUACAAGAGAUUGAGAACAGAGCCAAGCCGUGUCCUCGGAGUCCUGCUGUUAGCGAUUCGGGUUAUGAUGCAAUAUUGUGCUAAUUGGGAAGAGGUGGCAUGAAUGAAGUGUGAUAGCUUUUUAAAGCAAGGUAAAUUAAGUUAAUGGGUUCUGUAAUAGCUGCUAAUGAAUGGAAACUGUGCAAAUCAAAAGCUUUACUGCAGCUUCGAUAUUUUCUGUUAGCAUAGGUGCAGUAAAUAAUGCUUGAACUGUGUGAAAUGCUACAAAGUGCUUAAACGUGGGAAUAUUUAACAUUUUUUAUGUUUUCCUGGUGAUUUAAACCACCCAGGGAGCCUCUAUCCCAGACCACAAUUCAAAUAUAUGACAGUCACAAAUUUCUCCUCUCCCUGGUCUCAUUACAUAUUUAAAUUCCCAGACAAUGAAGCUGCAGUUUUUUCAUGGGAAGGGCAAACAUUUUCUUCCGCAAAAAUGUCACUGCCACAAAAAGUCUGUUAACUUUUAUUUACCAUGCAUGAUUAGGAAACACAUGAAGAAAUGUCCACAUCCGCCAAUCUUGAAUUCAACCUUGCUAUUAAAAAAAAGUCAGAAACAUCUCAGCAUACUUGAAAAUUGUUCUAAAUUGUGCUUUGUGUCAUUUCAUCUGCAAAAGGACUGGAGCACUGCCUAUCCACCAAACUGAGAUUCCAGAAUCCGGAGAUCUCACGGCUGUUAAUGUUAUGAGACCUCUAACAUUCAGGGAAAUGAGAUGUAAGAUGUACUGUAUGUUCUCUUGCCUCACAGACCUGGGGCUCUUAGGUGAAGAUAUGAACCACGGUGCUAACUGUGUGGAAUUUGUAUGUUCUCCCCAUGUUUGGAUUGGUUUAUCCAGGUGCUCCAAUUUCUUCCCACAGUCCA